AUGAUGCUUGGCUCCUUUCUUCUCAUUACCUGGGCAGGUCUUCGCUUUGCUGAUGCACAGAGGUUGAACAUCAGCUCAUUGGUCUUCAAUUUUCAGGAACUCCGUGGCUUGGUAUGGAGAUCAAAGACAAUGGCGGCAGGACACCCUUUCGGUGCACAGGCGGCAGGACUUUGCAGCAAAGGGACAUUCACAUGGCUGUUUAAGUUUCUACAAACUUGGGACCAAGUGAUGACAGCACUACAGGUCCCACAGUCCAAGGUGGAUUUUCUGAUCCCAUCCAUGGAGCCAGAUGGAACAUUUCAGGAGCUUGAACCACUGAAUUAUGCGGAGACAACACGAAUUUUUCGUGAAAUGCUGUUGACACCAUGGAAGAAAUUUCAGGAUCAACAUCCACUGGCUCACCUGCAACAAACAUACACCCUACAUUCAAUGAAAGCUACUCUUUUGAGUUUUGGCCCACAGUUGGGCAACCUGGUCAGCGACUCAGAUCGAUUGCUGCAGGGUCACCAUCAGGAUCCCAAGCAUUCACUGAAUCUUUAUGGCAGAGACAGCGUUUGGGGUUCUUUACGAUACCAAUCAACCAUCAUCAUGGAGAUACACAAAGGGUGGCGGCCCAAGACAGCCCAACACAGGGGAGGACAAUUUCCUCUGACGGAGCCAAUGGUCACUUUGGAACGGUUCCAGAAGACUGCACCUGAAUAUUCAUUUCAAUGGCUUCCCUUUUCUAAGCCUGAAGAUCCGCAUGAAAUCCUGCCUGACCCGGAGGUCGAACAGCUGGACUCAGACAACGAAUCCUCGAGCAAUAGCAGCCAGGGUGUCAGUUCCAGUUCAGAGGCAUUGGAACCCACGGCACACACAACACCAUUGGUGCCCGAAGAGGGUCAGGUGGACGAAGCAGUGUUUGCAAGGCAUCGGAAGGUCACCCAUGCCAUGGUUGCGACAACGGACGAUACUGAGUCCAGACCUUUCAACCGAAACCACUACUGGAGAGCAGCAUGUGGCGCCAGGAUGCUUCACUCAGAAACGGAUUUCCUGGAGGACUUGCAACCACCUGUGGCAUUUUGCCAACAUGCAGGUUGGACAAUUCAGUCCUUUGCGUUUUCUGCGUUGGAUUUAGAAGCGUUUGACAAGCUCUGGCCUGAGUUUUUCAGUGAAGAGCCAACCCUGCUUCAGAAAGCCUCACUUAGGGCUGCAUUCCGAAUGUGUCAUGACUUGACCCAACCUGCACCUGCAAAUCAAACACCUGUUGGUGGAACGGCCACUUCUGAUGCAUCGGCCUCAGCAAGCACAUGGGCGGAAAGCUUCCCCCCGAAGUUGGACACAGCAGUGAUUGAACAGAUGAAGGCCAAAUUUUUGGCCAGUUAUCCCUCAGAGCUUCUCAAUCAUGAUACCAUGCCAAGUACGCGUUUACUGAGCCUUACACACCAUCAGCUCUCAAAGAAACAGUGGUCGUGGAUUCCCUGGAAAUACCGACUUACUUUGGCAAAAUCAGAUGAAAUCACUUCUCAAAGGCAGGCAAAGAUGCCUAAACUUGAAGUGGCCACACUGCACAGCUUGUUGGUGGAUGAGCCCCCCUCGAUUGACAUUUCAAAUGCUGGUUUUGGGGUUAAUGCAGUACGUAACUUACUGGCAGUCCAUGAUACGGCAGUUGCAAUGUGUGGAGGCGCCCACCUAGCGAACCUCAAAGCCUAUUCAGCGAAGUUUUUGAGUUUCCUUACACAAAGGGUGGACCCAGAUACCAUGUUGCGCUGUGCAUCAAUCACAGAGGCACAAGCGGCAGACAGGCAGAUUUGGGCUUCCAUUUCCGACUUGAUGUCUGAGCGUGGUUGGGAUAUGGACAAUUGCUUACAUGAAUUCACCCAUAUCCGACAUGACCUUCCAGGUUUGCUUCAACUUCGCCCUCGUCCAGUGAAGGUUCCAUCCAUGCCAUCAACACCCAGCUCCUCGAGCUUUACAAAAGGUGAGGCUCGAUUGUUUCUGGAUAUUUGCUCGGGGGCAACACGCCCACUGAGUGCGGCCAUUUUGGCCCAACAGGGCAAUGUACUGUCUUUUGACAUUUUGCUGGACAAGCGUAUGGACCUACUGAAUGACCAGAGCUACGAGCAAUUGUUGCGAAUUUGUUCAUCUAGACAGGAAAACUUGGCGUUGCACACUCGGACGGCAGGGCACCCAGGUUAG